AUGAGCGAAUGGAGAGAUCGAGGCUAUGUCCCGGACUCGGAUGAGGACGACAUUUCUCUGGUUGCCGACAAUGAUGCUAAUCCGAGCGUAACACCAACUUCGCCGAGGACAACAACUAUACACAAUCAACGAUGUGCUUCUGUCGAGCUGGUUGACGACCAAAGAGACGUGACUGAGAAGAGUGUGUCAAAAGCCUUGGAACCAAGCACCAUCGCAUCGAGCGUCAACCCAAUUCAGGCUUCAGAGGAAGAAAUCCACCAGGACACCACAUUCGACUUUCCACAAGAUAACCACGAUGCACGACAAACUUCUCAGCAGCCUUCGGCUGGGCAGCCAAUAGUCUUGAUCACCCAGUCCAGAAGAGCAGCCUCACCGCCAGAAAACAACAAGAAUGUCAGAACGUACAGUCGGAAAUUCAAACCUGGAGCGCUAAAGAGGAUCAAGAGUACAAUCAACACCAACGAUCAUGUCGAAGACAAUGCGCAGGAAGAUGAUGGAUUCGUGGAUAUUGAUGCGCUGGUGACCGAGCGUCGCUUGUCUGUCUCAAGUUCUGACUUGUCAGACGUCGACAUGGACAUCGUCUCCUCUUCACAACCAUUCUUUUCCNCACCUCCAAGUACGGCAAGAACGAAUGAUUCGAUACCGAGGCUUCCUAGCCAGCCCGAAGCAAACGCUCUUGAAAGUGCAAUCACUUCUCUAUCUGAUCAAGAUCUGGCCGCUCUUGCUGCUCAGCAACCUCGACGCAACCUUCGAGCACGAAAAGCCAUUCAAUUACAUCCUUAUCUCCUUGAAGUCGAGCAGUACCGUCGUGCCCUCAAAGCUCGCGGCCUGAGACCCAUCCAAGUCGCCACCAAUAGUCAGCGACCAAGAAAUCAGGAUGAUUCUCAAGACGACGAAUUUCGUCAGGAAGAGAGUCAGCCGCGACAACCUCAGCUAGACCAUACUCAGGAAUCCACUCCGCCAGACUCUUCUGCCUCAUCUGCUCACAAUCAGCCGCCACGCCUUGACUUUUCCAACCUCAUCGCUGGAGACGACGAAGAAGAAUUUCCAGACAUUGACGCUGCUAUCCGUCGUCAUGUCAUCGGUGGUACCCAGAUCCGCUACAAGCGUCGCAAGACUAAUGAGACUCCCGAUAUCAACCAGAAUGGACGCAUGCUACCUUCGUCAACGUCAAGAGCCAGAGGAAGACUAAAGUCCCUGAAUCUAAACCGCGUUCUUUCGACCACAAGUGGACCUUCCAACCAGGACUUACUGCCACCAUCACCUCCAAGGACAUCGAGCCCAGCGAAUAUCGAACCCACACCUGCCGCUCCGCCUCGCUUCAGGCUUCCGCAUGGUAUGAAUCCUGCAGCUGUCCCUACUCCACUUCCUUCUUCACCUGAGCUGCCAGCUUCCACGGCAAUCAGACGUCCUCGCCAGGUAAUUCUAUCGUCCGACGAAGAAGCUGUCAGCCAUCACAAUGUUGGUGCAGAGUCCAGUUCCUCGUCAGAAUCGGAUCAAGAGAACAGACAAUUGUUGCGCUUGCGACGGAAGAUCAGGGGUGUGCUGCCUGCCUCGUACCUCAAGCUCGACAGACAGGUUAGACAACGAUCCCCAUCGAUUGCUCCUUCUGAAGCUCAGAUUGCAACGCCGAGACCAACAGCUCCUGUCAGAGGCGUUGCUCAACGAAGAGUGACAAGCACUUCUGCCACACCAGCUCGCCAAAAUAGCUACGUGAUUUUCUCUGACAAUUCUGAAUCAGACAGCUCGGUUCCAGAGUUGCCAGCUCCUCGUCUGCUUCAGACCAGGCUACCCUCGCCAAUCACUGGACGCCCGUCAGGUCGUCCUUUCGAGCCAUUGGAAGUUGACGAAUACGACGAGAUUGAUGAUAUGCUUCCGACCAACGAAAGGGCCCGGUUUAGGGAGCCUGGAAGCAAGAAGAGACAAUCGAAGCUCCCAAGCACAUUCACACGUACCAAGUCUUCUUCAAUACAGGCCCAGCCAGGUCAGAAGCGGAAAUCUUCUGGUCACGCAACAGCACAAAACUCAACGUUGCAUCACAAACCAGCUACGAACUCGAAAAGAAAGCCAGCUGCCAAGAAGCCGAAGCCUGUCAAACUGAGUAUCCUAGACGCUACCACCUCUACCGACCCAAAAUCACCACGAGCCAUACCGAAGCCUCAAUUCGUGCGCCUUGCUGCUCGUCAAGCCCGGAAUCGGCCUGAUCAUGGUCGACACAGCCCGUCCAACAAGGACAUCCGUCUGGCCACGCGGGAAGAUACCCAAGAUGCUCUCGAACCGUUGUUGUCCUGGCGAGCAGGAAACAUGAGUCGCAGUUGGGUCCCUUCACCUCCAGACGCGCGUUCCAAUGAUGGUGUUCGCAACGAUGGAGACUCAAUAAUGACCGAUGGACCAAACGACCAGCAAGAUAUAGUGUUAACGAGUGGUCAACAAUAUCGCAGACCUGGACAGCCACGACCGCUCAUAGUCACGAAACCGAGACAGUCUCGACAGCUUCCAGAGAAGGACAAUCCUCUGCGAAAGCGUACAGCUCCAAACCUGCUUCGAGCAAAUCAACGGAAGCUGCUCGAACGUGAUCACCGCAUGCGUCCUGCUCAGCUAGAAAGUGUAGCUCAGAGUACACAUCGUGAUCUUGAUCCGCUUACAUUUGCUGCACCUCCAUCCCGCUUGAUGGAAAUCUUUGCUCGAGACAAACACGAUCAGCCAGCUUCUAAAUUCAGGCUCGAGCGUUUUCUCAAGGAUAAGGGUGACUCGCAUGAAGUUCCUGGUCCCAACCAAACAGAGGGCCCAGACACAAACAUGACAGGAACUGAGAAUAUCGUCUCGCAUUCACGAAACCGCAAAAGACUCGCUCGACGAAUCGAUGUCGAAACGACUAGAUUUCGCCAGCCGAACGAGCCUCUACCGGCUGAUGUUCCUUCUGUUUCUGCCCAAGAUGCAGAUAACAACCCUGCGGAUAGUUCUCCUGAGAAGGCAGUUCUGCAGGGCAUAGGUCCUUUCGGUACCCGUUACCCUACAGACUACGACGUCAGACCGCUCGAGAUCGGUACCUAUUUCGCUACUGGCACAUUCGUAGGUAGCGGAGACUUCGACGAUUGUUUGACAUUACGCAAGCGUGACCUUGACGUCCCUGCUGGUCGGAUCACUGUAGAAGUGGCCGGUCGUUCCUUACAUUGGAGUGCCUGGAAUGAAGACAUAUCUGGCGGUCUUGAUCUCAUACUGUCAGCAUGCACAGAAGAUUUACACAGUGUCGGCGAGUUUGAGAGCACAGAUAUACGACGAACCGCCAUCGAAGAUACUACCGCGCGCUUCAACUACUUCCUUAGAUCUAUUGUGAGGUACCUCUCAGGCUGUCUUCACUUUCUCGAUCCGAUCGAUCGAUCUUCCAGCUUGAACCGCCUGUCUCGCUUUGUCGAUGAGUUUGCAGAUAUGGUUGAAGUGGAAACCAUCGUUCUCAAGUCCCACUCGGAUACAAAGGCUCAAGUUGACAGACUCGUGGUAGACUCGAUGUCAUACUUGCUAUGUUUGACAGUACAAUCGGUGCGCAUCUCGCAACACCCCGCCGCUGAUUCUAGGCUGCAGACUCUUCUUGAGGAUAAGUGUGUUCGUUUGAGCUCAAACGUUAUCGCCAUAGCCCUGCCUCCGAGACUUAACCCGAUUCGCGAGUUCCUCGAGACACAUCGUGAACAUGCUCGUCGUCAAGCUGGUAUUCAGGAGCAGGAUAUUGCUAUCACGAGCAUUGUAAUUGUCAAUCAUGCACUUACAGCUGCCAACGCAUUCACCAAGCUCUCUGACAUCCUCACCACACAUCUAGGCCGUACAAUCGCUAAGACAUGCAACAUCCACUCCCUGGAUCAGAUAUGGUAUGAUGCAUUCUGUCUUCAACCUCUCCUGGAGAUCGAUGCCAAAGGAAUAUUCCGGCCGCGAAGCAGAUUUCAAUCAGUCAACGACAACUGGAACCUAGUAAAGAUGCUUUUGCAGCGAACAUUUGAGCUGUACCCUGCGACUAGCAAAGCGCGCAGUCCAACGCUGAACGACUAUGUACGAGCAUGUCUGACUAGAGUAUUCCACCUGAUCACACGCUGGAGUUGGCGUAGGUGUGAAACUGCGCUAAGCACGAUAUACGAUUUCUUUGCUGGCAAUAACCUUUCGCAACUUCACAAAGAAGAAGGUAAAGGUUCACCACGCUUUCUCGAAGAUCUUGACAAGAACCCGACAAUCGAACUCGAAGCAUCCGAUUGUACAUUCCACAUCUUCCUCAAAUUGCUUGUGGUUGGCUUGCGGGGCUUACAAGAGAUUUUGCCUAAAAACAAAGUCCGAGGUUUCGCAUGGAGAUUCAUUCCUAACCAUGGUCGUACGUAUCACAAAGAGCAGGAGGUCACCCAUAUCGCACUCAAUGCCUUACGCAAUCACCACGACCUGCUCUGCACACUCUACUGGGUCAUGCCGUCCGGUUCUGGACCUCGAUUACAGAUGAUCAAAGACUUGGUAGACCACAAUAAUUCGCAUCGAGAAGCUUGUCGCCUCAGCGUACAUGCCUGGGGUAUGCUUGCUCGAUACCAGCUAUCGCAAGUUGAAACGUUCAACGAUCAGGAAGUCUUGACUUCAUGGUACAGAGACAUGAUUUCGACCACAAUAUCUCAAUAUNCGACUUGUCAGGACCGAAGCAGAGGCACAAUACGCUGCUGCGACAUCCAGGGGUCGUCUGAAAUCUCGCCUGAAAUGCUGGAAAUGACCAUCACAGCCAAUCAACGAAGCAUCUUUGCCAUUCUGCAAGAUCUGCUGUUGGCAAUGCGUAAUGCUGUCAAAAUCUCGAAGUCGUGGUCUGCUGUUUGCAAUGUCAUUGAGCAAUCUAGUGUGAUCGAAGUGCUAAAACUGUUCGACAUGGACCAGCCUAGACUUUCUAUUGCAAUUGUCCAGGCACUAGACAUUGUUGAUGAACUGCUUGUCGCCAAAAUGAGAUUGUGCAAGCCUAUACAGCAAGAAAUUCAGCCAGCUAGUGAUGACAGCCAGGACUAUGGUGAUUGGUCAUUCAUGGACCAAGUCCUCGAAGAGCCAGGCAACUCGGAGCCAAAGACAUCAGAAGUGGUGUUCUUGCAAGAACCUCUUGCUUCACUUCUGUCGACAUGCUUCGGUUCGGAGAAGAGCCCCGAUGAUGCCCUUCUCAAGAAGAUCAUUGAUACAUGGGUCGCCACUGCUCAGCAAUUGGUCAAGGAGAAUGUUCUUGACUGGUCAAGCUUCCUAGAUGUCUACAGCACAUCUUCGUGGUUCCAGCUUCGGGAGACGGAACAGAGGCACAAAUACACUUGCUAUUUCCUUGCGUCUGUCAUCGAAAGCGACAAGUCGAGUCUUGACAACCAUCGGACUCUUUUCAUGAAAGCUUGGUUCGUCUCGUUGUUCGAGCGGGAAUCGAAGCUCAAGUUCCAACAUCGUCUUACGGCAAGUCUGUUAGAGAAGGCCAACUCGGAGCCAUUACUGCACAAUUUGCCAUUUGCUGCCAACCAUGAGACUGGCGAAUAUCAUAUCACUUUGGCCGACUUUCGUCAAAGACGCACCAGUCUUAUCAGUAGUGUGUUGUCGAAUAUGCAUACCUCGCUCAAUUCCUUUUAUCCUUCGACGAUUUCGGAAAGCAAANGAGAGUAUGUUGAUAUGCUCAAGGCUGCUAUGCAACACAUGCGCAGUACAUACGAACAACUUCAAGACAUGGCUGGGCGGCUUGGUGGAUCGUCAUACGACAACGUCAAGGGAGCUUAUGUUGAGUUCGUCCAAUCGACCAUAUCUUUGAUGCAGCAAUACACGUCGGAAAUCUGUCCUAUCGAUCCUUUCUUCGUGGACUCUGCGGCUUUCCCUCUUCCUCUGGAUGACCCGACAUAUGUCAAAGCGAAGCUCAAAAGCUAUGACUCAAAACUGGAAGACGGUCGUGCCCGCAAACAACUUGCUGUGUUUGUGCAGACGGUCAGUGAACGCGCAGCUUCUGAGAAUCAGCAAGAAUAUCUCGUCAAACAGAUGCAUGCCGCUCUGAUAGGAGAGGCAUCGAGGGGGCUUAGGAGUGUGAUACUGACAGCUUUGCUACCGGCAUACAUCCACCGUUCGAAAACUUCCACUCCAGGCUGUCUGUUGGCUAUGCCUCUCAUCCAAGCCAGUGCUGCGGUCAUCUGCGACAUGAUUGUUGAUUUUGAUAUCGCUGACGAGAAAGCUGUUGAUUUGGACCUCGAUGCUAUUGCCUCCGUUCUUGCGGCAGCAUAUAACUUCGCCAUGUCAAUCCCUUCUCAGCCAACAUCGCAGAACAGUGGGUCUUUACGUCUCCUCGCAGGCAUCAUUCACCUCGCCGAACAAAGCCUUACAUUUGUCGAGUAUGUACACCGCGCCAAAGGCAAGGCAAAGGGCGCCAUGGAAUUGCUCCAUCGUCUCAUGGCCUUUGGCGAAGACUUUACCACUCGCGUAAUGGACCCUUUCGCAGAUACUUCUGGUACAGUGUCGCCUGACGCACCCAUACUUGAGAGCGUACACUGUCCCUGGCAAGAUACACUCGACUUUGCUACACGCAACCUCACAGACUCUUUGUCAAGAGCAGCACCUCAUGCCUGGCAAACAGAUUUCGAAAGCGUCGAAGAGGAGAGUCUGAGAGUUGUGGCUGCGGUGGAGNUUUUUAGACGCAGCUAUAACGUUAUUAUCUGUCGUGGCAGGAAUCUCGUGCAAAAUGCUGUUUAUGGAGAUGAGAGUGGAGAAGAUGAAGACGAAGAGAUAGAGGAGCAAGAUCUACAGAGACAAGGACUUGAUGAGGUCAUGAUAGGCAUGCAGGGGCUGGGAUGGGGAGGUUUGGUGUAG